AUGAGCGACGAGGAGCGUCGUAAUGGUCCCACACCUUCGUGCAGUGAUACCAAGCUUCCAAGCAAAGACCACAAGAUAACCAUCGAGAUUACGACAAGGGCGGGGAAUGAUGCUCUCAAACAGCGCGCGUGCGUCAUCGGAGCUGGAAAAUCUGGUCUGAUUGCCUGCAAGGUCCUGCACGAACGCAACAUCCCCUUCGAUUGUUUCGAGGCCAGCUCCCAGGUGGGCGGCCUUUGGGUCCUCAACAGCGACAGUGGGUUGUCAGCUUCCUAUGAAUCCCUUCGCAUCAACACGUCCAAACAGAUGACUAGCUUUCAUGACUUUCCCAUGCCCAAGCACUACCCGACAUACCCCACGCGGAAAGAGAUUCUGGAAUACCUGGAGUCCUACGCAGAUCACUUUGGCUUUCGGAGCCAUAUCACAUUCAGAACAGAGGACAAAGCCACAGGCCACACACUUGCCAGACUGUACACUUCUGUUCUUGUUGCUAACGGCCAUCACUGGCAUGCUGCGUGGCCCGAACUGCCGGGCAGCUUCACAGGCACCCUAAUGCACUCCCACGAGUACAGGACCCCCAAAGUCAUGGAGGGCAAACGAGUCAUGGUCAUCGGCGCUGGCAACUCAGGCAUGGACAUAGCGAGCGAGGCUUCUCAGUGCGGGGCUGCAGCGGUGUUCCUGUCCUGCCGGCGGCGUGUGCAUGUUGUGCCCCGCUAUAUUUUUGGCGCGCCCUCGGAUUCCAUCCUGCCGGCCUGGCUCGGCGUCACCGCGCCGCGGCGGCUGAUGGAAAAGGGCGUCACAUGUCUGAUUCACAUCUCGCGCGGCUCCCAGACCAGCUUCAAAUUUCCCCCGCCCGACUUCGGCCUGCUGCGGGUGCACCCCACAGUCAGCCCAGGUACAGGGGACAUCCUGCAGCUCAUCAAAGACGGGAAGGUCACCGUGCGGCCAGGCAUUGAGCGGAUCGAGGAUCGCACGGUGCACUUCACAGACGGCACAAAGGAAGAUAUUGAUAUCAUCGUGUGCGCAACAGGGUACAAUGUGUCCUGCCCUUUCCUGCCGCCAAAAGUGGAGGUCCUGAAGGGAGACAAGCCGCAGCUGCUGCUGAACGUGGCUCACCCGCGCGCACCAGGCAUCUUCUUCCUGGGCUUUGUUCAAGCGCACGGGCCCAUGAUCCCAUGCGUGGAAGGCCAGAUGCCAUGGGUGUGUAAAACAAAUUCUGAGUGUGUGCAGGGGAUCACUGAGCUCCCAGGAGAGGCUGAGAUGGCGGCCAAGAUAGCAGAGCAGCAUGAGUUCAAUCGGCGCAACUUCACUCAAGUCAAGCGCCAUGCCCUGAUGGUGGAGUUCCAUAGGUACCUGCUGCAGCUCAGAAUGGCGCGCUGCCCAAAGGGGAAGGGGUGGCUUGGGCGCAAGCUCUGGAAGGCAAAGACCUUCCUGGUCUUCUGCACUGGGAAGACAUGCUGA